UGGAUGGGAAUUUUUGCAACUGCCCAUGUUGGUAUUUUGCUCUGUUUGCCUCCACCCAACAUCUUCCAAUCUCAUCUCUUAAAUCAAAAAAUUUCCCCAAGCCCACACCACAUGCUCUUAACCCCAUCCCCCUUUUCAAAAAUCCCAACUUUACCCCAAAUGCCAUCACUUUCCUUCCCCUUCUCCCAUGCCCAUUUCUGUCAUUUCACUAUGGAAAUAUUUCUCAUUAUACUAUACUACUCUUUGAUCAUUUUGAGAGGCUGCAACCAUUUUGAUAUAUAUUGAUGGUUAUUACAAAACACAAGUAAAUGAAGAUUUAUCAUUUGUUUUGUGUUGUUUUAUGAUUAUGAAUUUUAUGUUUCUUCAAUCUCUCCCAUGGCUGAUACUGAACCAGAAAAAGCUCCUUCUCUUAACAUGUCUUCUAAGAAAGAACUUCUUUCCACUGCCAUGAAAAGAACAAGUGAAUGGAUCUUUUCCCAAGAAAUUCCAAGCGAUGUCACAGUUCAUGUUGGAGAAGCAUCUUUCUCCUUACAUAAGUUCCCACUUGUUUCAAAAUGUGGACACAUAAGAAAACUAGUAUCAGAAUCAACUGAUGCUGAUCUUGCAACUGUUGAGCUCCCAAAUUGUCCCGGCGGGGCAGAGGCAUUUGAGUUAGCUGCCAUGUUUUGUUACGGGAUAAACUUCGAGAUCGGCACCGAGAACAUUGCGAUGCUCCGUUGUGCGGCAGAGUAUCUCGAGAUGACGGAGGAAUACGCAGUCGGAAACCUUGUGGGGAGAACUGAGGCUUAUAUAAAUGAAGUUGCACUCAAAAGCCUUGCAGGGGCAGUAUCUGUUUUGCACAUGUCUCAAAGCCUUCUUCCAACAGCUGAGAAGGUUAAAUUAGUGAGUCGUUGCAUUGAUGCUAUUGCAUUUGUUGCUUGUAAAGACAGCCAUUUUAGUAUGCUGGGAAGAGCUUCUGAUCAUAUUGGUCAUCAUAAUAAAGGGUUGCCUUCUAAGCCUAUUGUUGAUUGGUGGGCUGAGGAUUUAACUGUUCUAAGAAUUGAUAUCUUUCAGAGAGUUCUUGUUGCAAUGAUGUCAAGAGGCUACAAACAUUACUCUCUCGGUCCGGUUCUAAUGCUCUAUGCACAGAAAUCGCUUCGUGGCUUGGAGGUGUUUGGGAAGGGGAGGAAGAAAAUUGAGCCACAACAAGAGCAUGAGAAGAGAGUAGUAUUGGAAACAAUUGUGAGUCUUUUGCCGAGGGAGAAGAACGCAUUGUCGGUUAGCUUUCUUUCGAUGCUUCUCCGUGCAGCGAUUUAUCUCGAGACAACCGUUGCUUGUCGGUUAGAUUUGGAGAAGAGAUUGGCUGCACAAUUAGGACAGGCUGUUUUGGAUGAUCUUUUGAUUCCUUCAUAUGCCUUCACUGGAGAUACAUUGUUUGACGUUGACACCGUGCAGCGGAUCAUGGUGAAUUAUCUUGAAUUAGAAGUCGAUGGGAAUCAAUUCGGAUACACUGUCAAUGAAGAACAUGUUUCAUCGUCCUCAUCAGGCGACUUUGAAAGAGUGGGAAAAUUAAUGGAGAAUUAUCUAGCUGAAAUUGCCUCGGACCGCAAUGUAUCUGUCUCGAAAUUCAUUAAUCUUGCUGAACUAAUUCCUGAACAAUCAAGAGCUACAGAAGAUGGAAUGUAUAGGGCCAUAGACAUCUACUUGAAGGCUCAUCCAUCAUUGAGUGAUAUGGAAAGGAAGAAAGUGUGCAGUUUAAUGGACUGCCAGAAGCUAUCAAGAGAAGCCUGUGCACACGCCGCACAGAACGAUCGGCUUCCAGUUCAAACGGUGGUGCAGGUGCUAUAUUACGAGCAGCAACGGCUCCGGGACGUCAUGAAUGGCAGUCCCACCGGAGUCGAGGUGCCUACUGUUCCUGCUAAAUUAAGCAUAUACUCAGCUGAAACAGCAGCAGCAGCUGCACACCCAGUUUCAGAUGAGCUCUCAAUUUUGAGAAGAGAGAAUCAAGAUCUAAAGUUAGAGCUUGUGAAAAUGAAAAUGAAAAUGAGAGAGUUUGAGAAACCAUCCAUAAGCAGUCCACAAACAAACACUCGUCUGCAGCCUACUACUACUGCUGAGAAGCCUCCACUGCCCAAGAAAUCAUUCAUAAACUCAGUGUCAAAGAGGCUUGGUAGGCUCUAUCCCUUUGUCCGUGCCGAUGGAGUCACGUCGAAAGGCCGAGUAAGACCGGCCAAGGAUCGGCGACAUUCGAUAUCCUAAGGCAGCCUUGGAUGUAUACAGCAUUUUGAAGAGUCUGGUUUUCUUUUGUUUAUUUGUUUUGCUUCCAAGGAUUUGCAAACUUUCAAAAACCUCUGCCAUCUUGUUCUUUUGUAAUCUAUCUUAUGUUGUAAAUAAUAUUGACAUUUCUCAGUGUUUGUAAUAAGUUUUAGCGUUGAGAAACAGAACAAAAGAAAUCUUACUUUCUUCAUUGGCAGAGAUAUAAAAAAGCAAACCAAUCCAAUUGGGAGAUUUGGGAAUGCCUUCAA